AGCAGACGAAAAUUUCAUCAGUCUCUUUCUACAUCUUCUCGUGAAUAAUGAUGCUCCAAUCGAUUGUCACCUUACGGCACAGUAAAUGAACAAACCAUGAUUGAGAGGUGUACUAAAAAGCGUAUGCUCAUCUCCAUCGUCCUUCUCAUUGGAUUGUCUGUUGCAAUUGUUCUUCUGGAACAUCACCUGACACAGAGUUCACAUCACGCUUCCCAUUUCCACGCCAAUUACUCUGGCAAUCAAACUGGCACGCUAUGUUGGUUGACUGAAAAGGUCACUGUAUUGGAAGAUUGUCACCCAUGCACAGAUUUCGAAAAGAAUAGCCAGACUGUUGCAUCCUGUGUUUCCACCGGGUAUAAGGAGAAGGUUCGCUGUGAAACGUCUGGUGACACUUUAAGGAGCUGUGAAAGAGUCUUAUGGCUAGAAGAACGGCGAUUUUGGACACUGGAAAUCGUCAGUCUUGUCCUUGGUGCAAAAGUCAAUCCUGAUCUCGCUUUAUUAACUACUCUACCUCUGUUGGUGGUGGCUGAAUCUGAGACUUUCUCCCGCCUCACCGUGUCCGGUCUGGCAGCAGUCAGCCGACACUUGAUGAAAGAAUCACAUGAUCCGGUGGUGGUUAAAUCCCUAGGAUUUCGUGGUAAUUGUUUGCAGGCACCAGCCGAGUGUUCCAUUUGGACAUCGUUUUGCGAAGUGCAGAUGGUUCAAUCGACCAUCCUUUUCCUGACCCAGCAGCAAAAACAGGAUGUGGUCGAAAUCCCUGCUGUCUUAGCCAAACUGGAGGAGCACAUGAAGCAGCCCAUCCGUAUGCAUAACGUCGUCAAACGAUGCCAAAAGGAUCAGCCUCAAUCAGCUGGUCAACUGAAACAAGAAGAAGUUCAAAAAUUGGCUGGAUCGUUGCUGGACCACUGUUACGUAGAAGGACCUGACAUGACGCUGGCCGAUCUCCUUCUCUUUCCUUGCAUCAUCCUAUUGGCUGAUCGUCUGUCUGAGCUCGGUGUCCAAUUGGCCGACCAUUUGCCUCGAGUCAGUGCAUGGCUAACGACAAUGAAACCUGUGGUAAGUCAAGCGUGGAACAAGACAAUGGGCGAAAAACAAUUUCCAGAUAUCGGAUCGCUGAGAAUUCAACCGCAACCGAAAGUCAAAAUCCCGCGUGUCAAAGAAAUCAGCCUGUACAAGAAGGAUACCGCCCGUCGUACAGGUUCAAUGGGUAACUUGAGCUCCGAAGAGAUAGCAAGGGUUAUCGACCUGUUGAAAAGACAAAGACUGAUGUGGCUGGACGAUGAUAAUGGAGCUCGUGUGACCACUGAGCUGCCCGAGGGACUUAUUAGCCACAUUGACGUCGAUGCUUGCUCAGAUUUCACAGCUAACAUUGACUGGGCGUCUUUGCCCGAUCCGGCCCACCCUCAACAAGGGCAUGUUCCUGGAUCUCGUGUUGAUAGAAAGAUCCAGCAGUUGGAUGGCAUGGCGACAGCCGUCAUUGAUGCUGUUUCAGAGGGGGACGUUGUUGUUGAUUUUUGCUCUGGUGGUGGCCAUUUGGGCAUUAUAUUGGCCUAUCUUUUACCUCGAUGCCAUGUCGUAAUGGUCGAUAACAAAGAAGAGUCUGUACGCAAUGCCCGACGUCGAGUUGCACAAUUGAUGUUAAACAACGUGACCGUCAUUCAAAGCAAUUUGGACUAUUUUCGUGGACGUUUUGAUUUAGGCGUUGCGUUGCACGCUUGUGGAGUUGCUACUGAUCUUGUCCUGCAUACCUGUUUGGCCCAACGGGCUGCCUUUGUCAUUUGUCCAUGUUGCUAUGGCAAUUUGGCUCACCCAGAUUUACCUGUACAAUAUCCACAAAGUGAAUUGUAUUGCAGUCGAGGUGUAUCGACCGAGGAUUUCUCCGUUUUGGCUCGAAUGGCUGAUCACAUCACACCGAGUGGUCGGUUGGCCAUGGCUGCUGCUCGCGGACCCAAGAAGCAUUUGAAGCGUUUAGCCGCGCCGAAAUCAUGGAUGUUGGAUAAAUUGGGUGGUGUUUUCGCCCCCAGACCAAGCACUGGCCCACACAAGCUGAGGGAAUCACUCCCCAUGGUUGUCUUCCUUCGCAAUCGUCUCAAGUAUGCCUUGAACAAUUCCGAAGUUACCAAGAUCGUCAUGCAGAGGCUUAUCAAAGUCGACGGUAAAGUCCGCACCGACUCCAACUAUCCAGCUGGAUUCAUGGAUGUCAUCACCAUUGAGAAAACUGGUGAGUACUUCCGCCUUGUCUAUGAUGUUAAGGGACGCUUUGCCAUCCACAGAAUCACUGCUGAGGAGGCUAAGUACAAGCUCUGCAAAGUUCGUCGUGUUCAAGUUGGCCCCAAGGGAAUCCCUUUCAUCACUACACACGAUGGCCGUACCAUCCGUUACCCCGACCCGUUGGUCAAAGUGAACGACACCAUCCAAUUGGACAUCGCCUCCAACAAGAUCAUGGACUUCAUCAAGUUUGAUUCUGGCAACCUGUGCAUGAUCACUGGUGGCCGUAACUUGGGGCGAGUCGGAACCAUCAUCAACCGUGAACGUCACCCUGGUUCCUUCGAUAUUGUGCACGUUAAGGAUGCCCUUGGACACACCUUUGCCACCAGAUUGAACAACGUCUUCAUUAUUGGAAAGGGUAGCAAGGCCUACAUUUCUCUGCCUCGCGACAAGGGAGUUAAGCUUAGCAUUGCUGAGGAAAGGAACAAGCGUCUGGCCGCUAAAGCCGCCGCCUAAAUGACUUAUUUCGAAGCUGAAGCCGUGUGUAAUUUCCACCCGAUGAAUACAUGGCGUUGGCUGUA